UUAUUAUUGUGAGAAAUGUGUAAGCGGUAACAACUUGUCUGGCUGAAUUUCUAGUUUACGUGUUUCAUAUAUUGUGCUGCUUCUUCUUCUUCAAGCAAUUCUUAAAAACUAUUUGUUGUUGUUGCAUGCCGUCCGUCGUGUUAUAAAGUAAAGUGAAGAAUUUAUUUUCUUUGUAGAAUUGCUUGUUGAAUUUAAAGAAAAAAAAUUUAUUUAAAAUUAUGAACAAUUUCUGUUAAAGGUGUCGCGUAUAGCUGUUAUCUUACUCACUAUUUAUGUAUGCAUGUUAAAAAAUAGAAAUAAAAUAAGGAAAUUCAAAAGUUCCAUUUCUGCAUUAUUGACUUUGUUGUGUUUUGUUUUGUUUUCUCUGUGUGCCAUCGAAACGUGAAUCAUACACAAACCACGCUUUGCCGCUUUGUUCAGCCAACUGUUGUGUUAAAAGGAAAAGGUUAUUUUUAACACAUCACCAAAUCACAUCCGAAUGUCGAACUUGCUGAGCAACGUACUGUGGAAACUGCUACACAAGACAUAAUUAUUAAAUAAUAAUAGCAAAAAAUUGCUAUAGAUAAAAAAAAUUGUAAAAAAUAUAUAUAGAAAUUGAAAUAAAAAUCGGUGCUAAUAAUUUUUAAGCCACAACAUGAGUCAUCCGCAUGACAAUAAGCGAAAGCUCUCAUUUCUUGGGUUUAAUACCCAAAGAAAGUCCACCGGAAAUGAAGACCCAAACGAGGUGCUACUGGAUUCGGAAAUGGAAAAAGUUUUCGCCGGUCCUACAACACAAAAAGAGAAAUUUGAUGUAACUACAUUUCAAGAUUCGAGUAUUCCCAUCGGUUCUUUUAAACAAAAAAAUAUUCGUCGUAAUACCCAAGGUGAUCUUAAUAUUGAAGAAGACUCAGAAUAUGAAAGUCAAAACGAUCCUGUGAAUCAACAAAAUUACGAUGACAUUCCAGAAGAUUGUCCAUUAGUUUCUGAACGUGCAGGACAUGGAGAUCAUUCAGAUAAUUCUGCUGACGAAAAACAUGUGCAGUUUGGUCAAAAGAAGGCCGUUGUUACCCCACCUAGUUUAGGUUAUGAUGAUCAACCUAACGAUAAUAUACACGAGAGAAAACGUCGAAAAAGCCGUCAUCAGUAUUAUAGACAACGCAAAUUUUCACAUCAAGAAAGCGUGGAUAGCAAAAAACCAACCGAAGAAAACGGCGAUGCCGGAGUACGGAAAGUAUCUGUGCAACCUGAAGAUACCACGUUGGAGGAGGCUGAUCUCAACGAGUUGAGGUCGCAUCGUUCAGAUGAUCCACGUGCUUUGCGGCGACACAAAAUUCAUCACAAUUCCAUUAAAUUGCGUGAAUUACCACAAAUCAGUGUCGCUGCUUUACAAACCAAGAAGGCCUUCGAUCAUAGCCCACAUGAGACUUUCGUACAACUCAAUGAACUCACCGGUGUUGCUGAAGAUCGUGAAUGGAAAGAAACAGCACGUUGGAUCAAAUAUGAAGAAGAUGUACAAGAAGGUUCUGAUCGUUGGGGUAAACCACACGUUGCCUCACUCUCAUUUCACUCCUUGCUUAAUUUACGCCGUUGCUUGGAGACUGGUGUUGUAUUACUUGACUUAAAUGAAAAGGACUUGCCCGCUGUUGCUUAUCGUGUUGUAGAGCAGAUGGUUAUAGAUGAAUUGAUUAGCUCAAGUGAUAAGCCGGCGGUGAUGCGUUCUUUGCUUUUAAGGCAUAGACAUGUGAAUGAGUAUCAGAGCGCUUUUCCAUUUACCAAAAGAAAGUACAACAGCUACACCAGUUUACAGUUGCUUUGGAUGGGAAAUGAAUACCAGCAACAAUUACCACAACAGCAACAACAACAAGGGCCAUUUCAACUACACCAACAGCUUCAACAGCAACAACAACUAUUGCAACCGCCACAUCGCAAACUGCGCGCAAGUAAACGUCUUUCUGUUUGCGAAACUUUGAGUGCACCGCCGCCAUCAGUACUGCUUGGUCCAGCGUCUGCAUAUCGCAGACAUUCCACAAUGUCUUAUAUGGGC